UUUCUCUCUCUUGAUUGAAACGCUCAUGACAUUUCCCCGUCGAUGAACUGAUACGUUAGCCUUAAAUUCUGUGUUUCCGAUCCUCACUCACAUAGUCAACAUGCUAAUACGUUGAAUUCACUCAAUCCCACUUCAAAUUCUCAAGCACAUGCGCCCACCCAUUUCCAGGGCUUUUAGUUUUGAGUAGUAAAAAACCUUUCUUGAGAGAGAGAAGAUGAAGAAUGAAGAGCAGGCGCGCUCCCUCUUUGGAAUUUCGCUGACGGAGAGGCCCAGAUGGCAUCAGUUCCUCAUUUGCUCAACUGGGUUUUUCUUUGGUUACCUUGUUAAUGGGAUCUGUGAGGAAUAUGUGUAUAACAGACUUCAGUUCAGUUAUGGAUGGUACUUCACCUUUGUGCAAGGAUGGGUGUACAUUUUGCUGAUAUAUCUCCAAGGAUUCACCACCAAGCAAAUGGUGAAUCCAUGGAAGAGUUAUGUCAAGCUCUCUGCUGUGCUCAUGGGUUCUAAUGGCCUCACCAAGGGCUCCUUGGCCUUCCUCAACUAUCCCGCGCAGAUCAUGUUCAAAUCCACCAAGGUUCUCCCGGUGAUGGUGAUGGGGGCGUUUAUUCCUGGCCUGAGACGGAAAUACCCUCCUCACGAGUAUAUAUCUGCUGUGCUCUUGGUUGUCGGGUUGAUUCUGUUCACCCUGGCAGAUGCCCAAACGUCUCCCAAUUUCAGCGUGAUAGGCGUGAUGAUGGUGUCCGGGGCGCUGAUUAUGGAUGCUUUCUUGGGGAAUCUGCAGGAAGCUAUCUUCACCAUGAAUCCUGAGACGACACAGACGGAGAUGCUCUUCUGCUCCACGCUCGUGGGGAUGCCCUUCUUGAUCCCACCAAUGUUGCUCACAGGAGAACUUUUCACGGCUUGGGAUUCUUGCUCAAAGCAUCCCUAUGUUUACGGAGUUCUGAUCUUUGAAGCCAUGGCCACCUUCAUCGGGCAGGUCUCGGUCCUCUCCCUCAUUGCCCUGUUCGGGGCAGCCACCACAGCGAUGGUGACGACUGCGAGGAAAGCGGUGACGUUGUUGCUGUCGUACAUGAUAUUCACAAAGCCUUUGACAGAGCAACAUGGGAGUGGACUGCUGCUGAUAACAAUGGGGAUUGUGUUGAAGAUGCUGCCGGAGAACAAGCCGCCUUUGAAGAGGGCCUCGAAUCCAAAGGCGAAGAAGGUUGAAAUGGAGUCCCGACACGGGGAAGAAGAAGACAAGAGCAGCAGCAGGGUUCAGAUAGGAAUCGAGGAAGAUGAGGAAAAGAGACCUUUGGUUUAAAAUGAAGUUUAGUGAUAUAUAGUUUUCGAUGGCUUUUACCAUGUAAUGUAGUCUUAAAACUUUUCAUUUCAUUGAAUGUGCAAUGAGUUGUGAUAUUUUGACA